GUAGACAAGAGUGGGGCUCCCGCAGGCGGAGAGAUGGCGAGAAGAGAGGGUCGCGACGACCCACCCCCACUCGGCGUCGGGGACGCGACUGCUGGCGCAUUUUCUCUCGUCGAGUCCUGGAGCCACGCUCAAUUUCGUUCGCGGUAUCGCCGUGAGACGGCAGCAUCGUUUCUCCAACCCCCGAAACCGCUCGUAGGCGUCAGUGUGUCCGUUCGUUCGAGUGGCGUCGGAACACCGCGCCGCCCCCCGGUUGGUAGUCGGGCGUCUCGCGCCACCUGCCGCGCUCGCGAGGCGCCGCGACGCGCUCACUGACCGCCACAUACGCGGAGGAUCCACGACGACGAGAGAUCCGUGCACAGCCGCGGCGGGCGCGCUCGAAUGCCGGACCUCUCUGUUUAUGAGAGGCGUCGCGACGCAAACGGCUGACGUCGGCCGGCGGCAAUUUCGACCGCGGAUACGAAUCGGUUUGUUACGCGCGCGAUCACGCCGCUGCGCCCGCAGGAGGCGGAGAAAAAAAGAAAACGGUACCAAUUGUCCCACCGUGGACAUCGACGAAUCACGUGCACCCAGUUGUGACACGGCGCGUGUGCUCCUCGACGAAUAGGCGACAGCUGGCCCAAUCCUGGACGCUCUGGUGCGGUAGUUUCGAGUUUCUGGUGCAACUCGCGAGAAGGAUCCUGUGGUUUCUGUUUUCCAAGGACAACCGCGUUUCGAAGUGUUUUGGGAUACCCCGAAGCGUUUGGACGGGGUGUUGUGCCACGUCUGAGGAGAACACCGCGAAAAGAGGAACCGCCUGACAUCCGUCGGAGACUAAAGGAGGUCGAAUAUCCACUGCUACGAGCCAGUGAUCCGAAAAAGUGACGGAGAACGUCGCAGAGAAGACAAAGGAAUCGGAGGAGGACGUCUUCCAAGCUUCUCGGUUUCCUCCCGCGAUCUCAUUAAACGAAACCCUGAAGAAGAAGCGUGGGAGUAUCUCGUUGCCACAAUAAUUCGCCGGGUGAUGUUCAUUGUUGAUUAUUCAGACGAAUUUAUCGCAACUCGUUGUCGUUGUCUCCUUGCGCCCGUUGAACUUGUUGAUCUUCGCGAUUGUGUACCGGGUGCUCCGAAAUAAGACUCGGGCCGUAUCAAAUUUAACAGGUGAAAGGAAAUUCCAGAAUCGAAAGAACUCGUCGAGCAUUCUCGAAUUAACUCUCGCGGCGGGUGCUCGAUGAGCAAACCGUUUCCGGAAGCUCUAAAAGGUCCAACGCAAACCUGACGAGUCAAACGAGCGAGGUGUACAAGAUUCCGGUUAUCCGAUUUGCAGAGGACCUCGAGUGGUGGCUGAGAAUCUUACAGGGUAUUGGAAUGGAACGUGCUCGACGAAAAACGGUAUUGAUGAAAGAAAUACUCGGCAUUCUCGGUAGAAUUAUAAACUAACUUCGCAUUCUCGUAGUACCGAGCGAGUAAACUCGCGGUCGAGUGCCGGGAUAUUUCGCUGAGAAUUAUUGAAAAGUAGUCCACGCGAAGUAAGUAAAAGAGGAAUAAAGAUUGUUCAGGACGAGAGGAUACCGGUGGAAGCAUUCUUGAAGAGCUAUGCGCCGAGAGGCAGAACCUCGCGUUGAUACCGAAUCCGUUAAUCAGCCCGAGUGUGUACCGGGUGUCCCGAGGUGAGCGCGUUCGACGAAGUUACGCGGAAAGAUACUCACGAGGGGCGACAUUAAGAAAUUCCAGGAAGACCGGAGUUUCGCGCGGGAAAGUUCCGAGGAGUGCUAAACUUGUUGACCCAUGCACGUAGAGACGAGAUUCAACGAGAGAAACCACCCGGCGGGAAUGUAAUAUCAUCGUGAUGAAUUCCCGAGAUUCGUAGUAAAAUUUCUGAAAGCGACACCAGACGCCAUCUAGGGACGUGAUCGAAAUCACAAGGGUGGAACGGGGGGAUACUUGGAGCUAAGCGGGGGAAGAUUGCAUGUAUCACUGUUUCCGAUCGGUACUCCAAAGGUUCUUUGAAGGAAUUCAAUCGGAAUUCACUUUCCGCGUAGGCCCAAGUUGGCAGACAGACACCUAGGAAGCAGAAGGUACUGAUCAGGAAACUGAUCAAGCCAGAGGACUGCUUGCUGGCUCUAUUAAAAAAGUUACUAAAUACUGUUGGAAGAGUCCUUUAAAUAGACUUAGAGAACUGGCCUUCUCGAAUAGGCCUAAGUUAACAGAGAGACUCCUAACAUCUAAGGAGCAGAAGAUACUCUUAACGUAUCGAGUCCUCCAAGUAGGAUUCACCCUUCUUCCACAAACCCAAAUUCUCAAAGAAACUCAUUCAUCCCUUGCCUACAUAGGGGAUCGUUUUCAAGCACCGUUGAUAGUCCUAGUCCAUUAAAUAGAUUGAACAAGACUCGUCCUCGUACGUAGGCCCAACUUUUUCUAGGAAGUCCAAGGAUGAAAAGAAUGGAAGAACAUCCCAGAGAAUAAACAGGCACGUCGAACGAGGUUGAACACAACGAGAUUGUUUCUUGUUGAAUAAACACAGACUACAACAGGGAAACUUCCGGAACGAUCCGACGAAACGAUACCACCAGCUGAAGAGGAUCAAACGAUAGCUUGAACAAUCAGCCAGGGAAACGAGUCACUUCCUGCCAGAUGACUUCAAGGAGGGUCCACGAGGAUUCGGCUGACACGUCGUCGAUAUUCGAGUACGAGGACACGAUAAAGUUAUAAUAACAACGGGUGUCUUGGUUAACUACACGCAAAAAUCUCGUACGACCCCGAGAGAGGUAUAUUAUAGUUGAAUUCCCUCACUUAUCCCCCAAAAUCGCAGAGAGAGAGAGAGAGAGAUAUAUAUAUAUAUAUAUAUAUUCAUAUACCUAGAUAUAUGUAUACAUAAAUAAUAUAUUGAUGUUAAUCGGAGUUAUUGAUUGAUAAUUUUCUCAUCCAUCGGGCACACCCGUUGGAAACUGUUCGUUAAAAGUUUGUGGGUGGAAAGUGUUGAGGAUUGACGCGGGAGGGGGGACGCUUUAAAACGGUGGAAAGAUGGCGAUGGUAAUAUCGCCUCGUAGCAAGAUCGUGACUCUGUCAUUAUUGAUCGGUAUAAUUACGCUGGCUGCGUUGAUAAUUACUGGUGUGGUGGGGAUAUGGCACAAGAGCGAGAAACCGUCGAAGCCUGGAACGAACGUGGUCAGCAGCAAGCUGCAGCAGAUCACCGGGUAUACGGCUACGAAACACAUCGGACGAGACGAUGACGAAGACAGAAGCGAGGAAAGCAAUCCACCGCCAUUCAUCACACCUCCUCCUCCCAAUCCGGACUACAAAGGGCCGAAAGGCGAGAAAGGUGAUAAAGGAGACAAAGGAGAGAGUGUCAGAGGACCACCAGGACCUCCAGGUCCUCCAGGACAGGAUGAGGGUCCACAAGGGAAGAAGGGAGAGCCCGGAACGUGCGCCUGCAACGCAACUGCGCUGAUGGCAUCCUUCACGAUGCCAAAGAUGAUCCAAGGACCCAAAGGAGAGCAAGGACUUCCAGGUCAAGAAGGAAAGCAAGGCCAAAUGGGGCUGACGGGAGCAGCAGGUCCACCUGGCGAGAGAGGACUGGAAGGACCGCAAGGUGCUAAGGGUGAUAAAGGAGAUGUGGGAGUGCAGGGACCGGAAGGUCCUCAAGGACAGAAAGGGGAACCUGGUCGCGAUGGAAUUCCAGGGGAAAAGGGAGCGCAAGGACCUCCUGGACCCCCUGGAAAGGGCGAGUUCACUGGCUACGAUCCCAGUUGGAAACCUCUGGGCAUUUAUAGGGCGGAAGGCAUCACUAUGAGACCAGGGUUGCCAGGCCCGAAGGGCGAAGCAGGCCUUCCAGGGAGUCCAGGACUCAAAGGGGAGGCAGGAAUACCCGGUUCCAAAGGAACCAGGGGUGAACCAGGACACAAGGGUGCCAAGGGUGACCACGGAAAAGAAGGGCCAAGAGGAAACCAAGGAUUUAAGGGCGAACCUGGUGCUCCAGGUUCGCCAGGUCUACCUGGCGCUCCAGGCGAAAAUGGAAGACCAGCUGAGAAGGGUGACAAAGGCGACACUGGACCGGAAGGGAAGCCAGGUCCUCCUGGAGCGCCUGGACCUCCAGGCCUAUCUGGAUUGACUGGUCCUGGAGUGAUAAACGUUGGCGACUCUGGAUUGGGAGAGAAAGGCGAUAGAGGUGAGAUGGGUCCGCGCGGGUAUAAAGGAGAUAAGGGCACCAAAGGCGAGAAAGGAGAUAAAGGUCCCUCCGGACCAGCCGGAAUUCCUGGUGUGAACGGCGUUCAAGGACCUCAAGGCAACAAAGGCGAACCAGGUAAAGAUGGCGACGCUGGAUCACCAGGAAUCAGUGGUUCAAAGGGCGAUAAAGGCGAGAGAGGACCGCCAGGAGUCACGGCUAUAGCUAGCUCCGGUGACUACAUCACCAUCAAGGGCGAGAAGGGCAUGGAGGGCAAGAGAGGUAGAAGAGGACGCCCAGGACCACCUGGUCCCGCUGGACCACCUGGAAAGCCGGGAAUUAUGGGAGAGAUUGGGUUACCUGGAUGGGUGAACAGUAUGAAAGGACGUCCUGGAAUUCCUGGACUACCGGGACCUGUUGGACCUGGAGGACCCAAGGGAGAAAAAGGAGAACCUGGAACCCCGAGUCCUUACGGAGUUUCCGUCGGGAUAAAAGGCGAUAAGGGAGACGAAGGUUUCCCUGGAAUACCUGGCCAAUCCGGAAGAGACGGCCAAAGAGGGCCUCCAGGACCUCCAGGACCACCUGGACCACCAUCUCAAGGAAACUAUAUUCCGGUCCCAGGGCCUCCAGGACCUCCAGGACCUCCAGGACCGCCAGGAAUGCUAGGUGGGCAAAAAGAAGAAUCAGGACUAAGCAGAAGCCACAUAUUUGGUGAGAGGGACUACUAUGGAGUCAGACAAGAAGGGAAAAAUACUCGUUGCACAAAAAUGUGUUCAAUUACAAAAACGUAUUUCUUACCGCUGCAAGGACUCAGAACUAGUCUGGACGAAUUGAAGGCUCUUCGUGAACUGAAGCAGCUGAAAGAAUUAAAAGAGCAUUUAGGUUCGGCGACCGUUGCAACGAGGGGUCCUGUGGAGACCACGACGAAGAUCGUACCUGGAGCAGUGACCUUCCAAAACACGGAAGCCAUGACGAAAAUGUCCGCUGUAAGUCCUGUUGGAACACUGGCGUACAUCAUAGAUGAACAAGCGCUGCUCGUCAGGGUGAACAAUGGCUGGCAAUACAUCGCUUUGGGAUCUCUUUUACCAAUAACUACUCCAGCACCGCCGACCACGUCUCCGCCUCCAGCAAAUCCACCUUUCGAGGCUUCCAACCUGAUCAACCAGAUACCCGUGAAAGCAGAUGGAACAGGGUGGUAUCCGCGAAUGUUGCGAAUGGCUGCCCUGAAUGAACCUUUUACUGGGGACAUGCACGGCGUACGAGGAGCUGACUAUGCCUGUUAUCGAGAAGCAAAGCGAGCCGGUUUGAGGGGUACGUUCCGUGCAUUCCUCAGCUCCAGAGUGCAGAAUGUCGACAGCAUUGUGAGACUCGGGGACAGGGACCUCCCUAUCGUCAACAUAAAGGGUGACGUCCUCUUCAACUCUUGGAAGGAGAUGUUCAACGGAAACGGGGCGUACUUCUCGCAGAAUCCUAGAAUUUACAGUUUCAACGGAAAGAACAUCCUCAGUGAUUUUGCAUGGCCAGAAAAGGUAGCGUGGCACGGCUCGCACAAAUUAGGAGACCGCGCAAUGGACACGUACUGCGAUGCCUGGCACUCGAGCAGUUCUGAUCGUUACGGAUUAGGAUCGCCCUUAACAGGGGGACGCCUCUUGGAACAAGUUCGUUAUUCCUGCGACAACAAGUUCGCUUUGCUUUGCAUAGAAGUGACCAGCGAGACCACAAGAAGGAGGAGAAGCGUCGAAGUCGCGGAGGAGGCGGAGGAAAUGUCGGAGAACGAUUACAAGGAGUACUUGGACGCACUGAUGAACAACUAACCACGCCAGGACACGCUGAAACAAUGAGCAAAAGAAGACAGUUUGCUGGUCGUUGUAUGCAUAGAAAUCGAGAUGUGUCCGUUCAUCGUCACCGUUUGGUAAAACAUCGUCGACUAAGAUGGGCUAAAUUUUUAUCUGGACAUUUUCGAGUAAAAGUUAUGGAAGAUUAGAGGAAGGUUGCAUUACGUUGAUGUCUUCGAGCGAAACAAAGGCUAAAAAUUUCAUUUGCUUGACGAUAUCGACGAGCAGGGAAUAGUUUAACGAGUAUUAUCCAAUUUCAACGAGUGAUCAAUGUAAUAAUUGUUUAUGAAAAAGUGAACGACUUUGUGACUUUUGUUUGUUAGGUAAAAAUUGCAAUCUAAAUUAUACAAUGAAAUUACACUUCACGUGACACGAGUGAAAGCAUUAAUAGAUCACGAUACAGUAUUUAUAUUCGUCAUUUGUUCAUAGAAUAAAAUUUCGCCCAUCCCCCAAGUCUAUCAAGCGGUGAAUCCCCCCCCCCCCUCCAUCUCUGUUUCCGAAACGGUGAAAUCUAUCCCUAACUCCGAAGGUAAUAAAACCCCAUAUCGCGAGUCAUUAGUCAGCGCUUUACGCGAAUUUCCGUUCUCUUUUUAAGAAAUAAGACUGAUCGUCUAGACAUCGUUCAUCAGUGUGUCAUAUCGAUUGCCCGUACCUUUGAUCCGUCGCUAUCGACUGGCCAAGGAAAUUCGAUUCGAAAUCGGAUUCCAUCGGCAAAACAACGCGAACUCGAGGUCGUUAAGAGAUCCCCGCAUCACGAUAAACGUCCAGUACUUAGAUCGCUACUAUAAAAAAAGAAAAAAACAAAGGAGUUUCUUAAAGGCGCCCCCUUCGAGAAUGCCCCCUCCGUAACCGAGUCUUAAUUUUACGGUUAAGCGAUGAAAAUGAUCAAAAGAAAAAAAAAAAUGAAUACUUAAAACUAACAGCUGCCCUACGACCUAAAAUAAAAACGAAGAUCAUAUUCGCGAUCGAAUUGCAUUUACACUUUACCCAAUACAAUAUGAGUGUGUAUGUUAGAUGUAAGAAACAAGUUGAUCAACGUGGAUUCCGACAAGACCAUUUAAGUUUCACGAAAUCUGGAAUCCAGAUUUAUGCUCCGUGUAUGAUGUCGUCAGGAACGCGCGCGUUUCACCGACGAACGGGUUUGUUGCAGUUCGAGGAAACGCGAGACACAACGCAAGAACGGAUCGUUAGAGAUUGGCCUAACAGUUGCGGCAGUUGAUAAAGCUUUCGAGACUACCAGCGUAUACGUAGCAAUAUUUUAUAACUUAUAGUUCGUUCAGAAACGUUACCGCACUGCGAGCUGUCGCGGUCUAAUCGUCGUUAUACGAUGAACCACGAAAGUACUCCAAUUCUCCCAAAUGAAAGAUUUUAGUUAUAUUGCGAAUUCGAAAAUUGAAAUGAUUCUUAAGUGUCUCCGAUAAAGUAAGCAAUAGUUAUGAAUUUGUUGGUAACAUCGACCAAACCGUCGCAAAAGUAUUCAAACGAUCAAGCUAAUAAUAUAGUUUUUACAAAAAUGUAGAGUUAUAAUAUUUCGUGGUAUUUGUGUCACUACAGGAAUAAAAUUGUUUUGCAAUUCGUAACAUCAUUAUUCUUUAAGAGUCAAACCUUCUCGUUUAAGAGCGUUCGAGUACCUUCGUGACUCACUGUACAUUUGCUUUUACAUCGAGCAUAAAUCGAAUCUAAGUCAGUGUCUAUAAUUCAAAGAUACGAUACCAUUAACAUUAAUCUAAUUUAUUACAAUUAAGUACAGAGACAUGUUCGAUCUACAGAAGUGUUCAACGUAAGGUGUUAUAAGCUGUUUCCACGAAAACUGAUGAAGACCCUUUUCUUAAGUUUUCCUUUAGCAUUUGUUGCCAUAAUUCUGUAAUUAAGCAUAAUUUUUAAAAAAUUGCAAGAGCUACCCAAGAAACAAAAAAUGAAUACAAUCUACCAUUCAGAAAUAAUUAAGACCCUCUCUUUUUUCGUUUUAAAAGUCACCCCAAGAAUUCUUCUCCCCCUCUCCUCCCCCUGUUUUAUUUAACUGUUUAAUAAAAAUGAAAUCGAUUAGUUUAUAAGAAAACAGCUUCUGAUACUUUAUAUGAAACACUCUGUAUAUCUUUAGGUUGUCAGCAUGCUUGGUGGCGAAUAUUUCGUACCGAAUGAUUCCCUUGAUGUCGUAAGUAGAUCUUGGCAUCCCUAUGUGAAACCAUCCUUCGAUAUAGUUUGCACCAAGGACCGUUUUAUUUCGAAAUUUUGUAUUAUUUGUACACUUUAUUAUUGUCUUUCUAAAUAAAAGACGAAAAGUGCAUCUACUGGA